CCUACGUAUGUUUUGGACAGUGGUUUAUUUCCAUUCGAAGUGAACGCUCGAAUCUGUUGUGAAAGUACAUAAUUAAAAAUGCGAAUUAGUUCAAGUUGCUGUGGACAUUCGGUGUUGAGCAAGGAAUAAACUGCCUGCCUGUUGUGACCAUUCGACGUAGGUAGACUGCUGGUCCUAGCGGUUCCAGAAAAAUAAUGUUUCAUUCACGAAAAUAUAUCGUUUGACAAGCAUCAUCUAUAGCAGCAUCGAUUUUCAUUGAGUGUUCUCUGACUGCGCAACAGCACUGUGCUGCAGUAGCAGCAGCAACUUUGUCCUAUAUCAGGUAAAAGGAUCGUCACCUGCAUGUGGAAAGUGAUAGAAAUCGUAUUUGCUACAACUCUACAGAAAAUAGCAACCAGUACUAUAAAAUUGAACGGAAAAGCUUUGGAUAGUGCUUAACUUUUAUUGUGAACAUGUCAAGUCAGCUCGAUCGAUAAUUUUCUGAUAGCCACAGAAGUGCUAAAGAUGGUGUUCGUGUUCGAAAUCACAAAACAAUUGGGAAGAAAUCUGGCUCGAAGCAAAAUACUAUGAUCCGGAUUGUUUCUAAUUGUGUAGUGAAUGUAAAAGAAAGGCCGAAGAAGAAUGAAUGAGCAAAAAUAUAUCAAAAGUGCUGCUGUAUGUUCCGAAGAUGCUUUCAGUGUACUCCCACUGAUUGCCACCAAUAGCAAGUGUGUAUCUUAUCAGGAAAACCGGGUUGCGAAGUUGGAGCUAAUAGGGAGUGCAGCGGCCUUGGACUGUCCUCGUCUCUCUUCUUCAGGAUUAGAAACUAGUUCAGUCACCAACACAUACGUCAUGCCACAUCAGUACGGCAUUCCGGGCUACGGUCAGACGCCACCGAGUCCACCCACACACCACGGAGGAGCACUCAUUCCGCGACUCGGUGGCGGUGCCGUCAUUCCGGUUUCUGCCAACGCAAACACCGGCAGCAUGGGUCCGUCAAGUAAUCCCAUCUUCCGGGGACCAAUCGAGGAACGGCGAUUGACAAGGGAAGCGAUGGAGAAAUAUUUGCGGGAUCGCAGCAAUAUGGUUAUUGUGAUACUGCAUGCAAAGGUUGCCCAAAAGUCCUACGGCAAUGAAAAACGUUUCUUCUGUCCUCCUCCCUGCAUCUACCUGUUCGGUGAAGGUUGGCGGUUGCGAAAGGAGCAAAUGUUGCGCCGCGGCGAAAGUGAACAGUCCACCCAACUAUGUGCCUUCAUCGGUAUCGGCAGCUCCGACCAGGAGCUGCAACCGCUCGAUCUAAACAACUCGAAACAGUAUUGCGCUGCCAAAACGCUGUUCAUCUCCGACUCGGACAAGCGGAAACAUUUCAUGCUAUCGGUGAAAAUGUUCUACAGCAUGGGUCACGAUAUCGGCGUGUUUCAGUCCAAGCGAAUAAAGGUGAUAUCGAAGCCGUCGAAAAAGAAACAGUCACUCAAAAAUGCUGACCUGUGCAUAGCGAGCGGUACCAAGGUGGCACUAUUCAACCGGCUGAGAUCGCAAACCGUAUCGACGAGGUACUUGCACGUGGAGGAUGGACAUUUCCAUGCCAGUUCUACGCAGUGGGGUGCGUUCACGAUACACCUACUGGACGACAACGAAAGCGAAUCAGAAGAAUUUCAGGUUCGUGACGGGUAUGUGCACUACGGGGCCACAGUCAAACUGGUCUGUUCUGUAACGGGAAUGGCCCUACCACGGUUAGUAAUUCGUAAAGUAGACAAACAAAUGGCACUGCUCGAAGCGGAUGAUCCCGUCUCGCAGCUGCAUAAAUGUGCAUUCCAUAUGAAAGACACCGAAAGGAUGUAUCUGUGUUUGUCGCAGGAGAAAAUCAUUCAGUUCCAAGCAACUCCAUGUCCGAAAGAACCGAACAAGGAGAUGAUCAACGACGGCGCCUGCUGGACGAUCAUUUCCACCGACAAGGCUGAGUAUCAAUUCUACGAAGGGAUGGGACCUGUGCGGACACCGGUCACACCAGUGCCAAUAGUCAAUUCCCUACAUUUAAAUGGGGGCGGCGAUGUAGCCAUGUUAGAAAUUACGGGUGACAACUUUACGCCAUCGUUGCAGGCGUGGUUCGGCGACGUGGAAGCGGAAACUAUGUAUCGCUGUGCGGAAUCGUUGCUCUGCGUGGUGCCGGACAUCUCGCAAUUUCGCGGAGAGUGGUCGUGGGUGCGCCAGCCAACGCAAGUGCCUAUUUCGCUGGUACGCAACGACGGCAUAAUCUACGCCACAGGUCUGACUUUUACCUACACGCCCGAGCCAGGCCCCCGGCAGCCCUGUCCCGCUGCGGAAGACGUGCUGCGGCGGGCCAACAGCGCAAACAGCAAUAGCAACAAUGGUAACAGUAACAGCGUAACAGCGGGCGGUGGGGUUGGUUCCGGCGGUUCGCUGCCACCGAUCUCCGACGUGGCCUGGAGCUCACAUGGUGGAGGAAUACCGUAAGAUAAUCACUUUUUUUAUUAUUAAUGUUUGUCGUCGGAGGGUAAAAAGUAUAUAUUUAUUAUGUUUUGUCGAAUCGAUUCGGAUGAGAAUUACCUAUCUAUACAUAUUUGCUAAUUUAUACACAGUAUUUUUAACGAAUCGAACGAGCAUCCCGAAUGAGAGAAAUCAGUGUGUAAUCUCAACUUUUAUUCCUACUACUACUACUACUACAAGAAAAAAAAACAAACGCAGACUUAGGCCAAUGAACAAAUUGCUAUAUAUAAUGUCCACAGGAACAACAAGUGAAUAUGUCCAAGUAACAUAUUUUUCCUAAGAUCUUUUCUCUCCUUUAGCAGAGAUGAAUGUAGACUAUCAUUUCCUACUCUAUUUUUAAGGAAAGUCGUAUUUUGACAGAUUUUUUGUAAGAGAAUUACUAUUUUUAAGAUGAGAGAUUACGUGAUUAAUCACAGACAGACAUUGAAAAAAAGUGAUAUAUGCAGGUUUUAAAGAUAAAAAAAGAACAAAGUAUUUAAAGUAAAUAUGGAAACAAUGUGACUAUUUUUUGUGCGAAAAAAAAGAUAACAACGAACGUUUUUUUGCAUACAUAGCUAGUGGUAGCAGCUGUACUAAGAAAGACAUUUUUGCCGUUCAAACCUACUGUUCUAUAAACGGAAUGAAACUGCGCAUUUUUAAA